AUGCUACUCAGCUCCUAUGGAGGUUUGUUACUGGCCGCAGUUGCUUGUAUCCUCCAUCCAACUAAUAUCAUAAUUUGGACGGCCUCAGCCGCAAUCACAUUGAUUCGAGGGACCUGGAAUCAACGCAAACGUUUCGUGCGUGAGGUUUUGCUUUGCGGAUCUACAAUCUUGAUGGUCUCGGGUGUAGCAGAUCGUCUGUUCUACGGAGUUUGGACCUUUCCCCCACUGCGCUUUUUAUACUUUAAUAUCGCCCAGUCACUGGCAGUUUUCUACGGACGCAACAACUGGCAUUACUAUGCGACGGAGGGAUAUCCGCUCCUCCUCACUACUUUAAUUCCAUUCGCUAUACCAGCUCUGUAUUUCGCACUGAUUACUCGAGACUUUUCAGCUUCCCAUCGAGUGCAGAAUACUGCCAGAGUACAGUUGGCCCUGAUCUGCAUCUUGAUGCCAUUCUUCCUUUCUCUCAUCUCACACAAAGAAGUCCGCUUCAUCUACCCUUUACUACCUUGCUUACAUAUAUUGGCUGCGCCUCGUCUAGUGCACUUCUUUUGGUCAGAUGUCACGUCAAGCUCUCAUGCUUACCCUUCUGGGUGGUUAAUGCUACUCUUCCUCAUAUUUGUUAAUGGAACCAUGGCUCUAUACACAUCUGUAUACCAUGCCUCAGGACCCUUGAACGUUCUUGAAUACUUCCGCCAUCAGCAUGAAAUCCAUUCAGCAUCCCACAACGGCCCCGCCGCUUCAUUUCACUCGCCCGAGUCUAGAAUUGCAGUUGGGUUUCUAAUGCCAUGCCAUAGCACGUCAUGGCGCUCCCACAUGGUAUAUCCAUCCAUUCACACGUGGGCACUUUCUUGCGAGCCCCCGAUCGACCUCGAUGAGACGCAAAAAGUCGCCUAUCGCGACGAAGCCGACCGGUUCUACGACGACCCAGAUCAAUUCUUGCGCCAAAACAUGGCAGGUGGGCUUAGGCAUCUACCCCGUCGAGCGAGCUAUCUGACUGAGCCCCGAGCGACAACUCCUCUUCCUGGCAGCUCGAUGCUUUAUGAGUGGCCUGAUUACCUUCAAGUUGUUUUCUUUGCCCAGCUCGAGCCGACUAUGCGCGAAUGCUUGCGCACCUGGAAUGACCCCUGGAAUACCGCCUGGCAUGACCACUGGCGUCGCCACGGGCAUAUUGUGGUCUGGUGCCUGGACUCCGCAGAGCAGGAUGCAUGGCGCUCACAGAAGCAUCGGCGUGCGCAAGAAAACCGAGACCACCAGUUCGAACGCAUCUUGACUGCGAUAAAACAAAAUGCGAGGCCUCAACAAAAACGCGGCUUGGCGUCUCUCAUGUCAGGUUCUCCGUCAAACUCUCAAUUCUCAUUUGCGUCCCUACAACGCACUGCUCAAUCAAUCUUUAUACUCCGGUCCUCAAGCCCUUGGCCAUGGGGCAAACGCUCUCGCGUGGAUGCUUUCUUAGCAAAUUUUCGGCGGGAAAAUACCAAUUUCCAAGGCCUGACCUAG